GCUCGGGCGUCGCGCAAACAUGGCGGCAGCUGGCACGGGCCGGUGAGGCGGUACCGGGUGGGGGCUGUCGGGUAUCAUGGGCGGUAGCGGCGGCACCGCCCCCGCGUCUCCCUGAGCCGGCCCUCACGGGGCCUCUGCGCCGAGUUGGGCGAUGGACGACAGUGGCGAGUUGGGCGGUCUGGAGACCAUGGAGACCCUCACGGAGCUGGGCGACGAGCUGACCCUGGGGGACAUCGACGGAAUAGAACCGUCAGCAAGCCCAAUUGUGAUGACCAUUUGCAGGCAGGCACAGCUGAAAUCAUGAAGAUGGUAGUGCUUUGACUCAGAAGAGUGCUCUGCAGCAUCAUCUUAUUAAAAGAACGUGGAAUUCAAAUUACAUAUAUUAAGGGGCCGAGGGGGCUUGCAGGGUCCAGGAGCAGCAGCCUCUAUACCAAUGAGGGUACAGCAACUUGAUCUCGCUGGGGCCUCCAGAAAUGUUAUGGAAAAAUCAGAGACCAACGCUGAUGUCAGAGAUGCUGCAGUUUGUCAGCAAUCAAGUGGGAGAGUUCCCAGAUUUGUUUUCAGAGCAGCUCUGCAGUUCCUUCCCUGGAGGCGGUGGCAGUGGCAGCAAUGGCGGCGGAGGCGCCAGCAGCAGUGGUAGAAGCAGCAGUGGUGGAGCUGCAGACACCUCGGUUCAGCGGCCAUUCAGCCAGGUCCCGUUACCUACCUUCUCUCCUUCAGCUGCCUCCCCUCAGGCUCCAGCCCUUCAGGUCAAGGUCUCGCCCUCCACUGUACCCACCCCGCCCCGUGCAACGCCUAUUCUCCAGCCCCGACCCCAGCCCCAGCCUCCAGCUCAGCUGCAGCAGCAGACGGUAAUGAUCACCCCAACAUUCAGUACUGCUCCACAGACGAGGAUCAUCCAGCAGCCUUUGAUAUACCAGAAUGCAGCUACCAGCUUUCAAGUCCUUCAGCCUCAAGUCCAAAGCCUGGUGACAUCUUCGCAGGUACAGCCAGUCACCAUCCAGCAGCAGGUGCAGACAGUACAGGCGCAGCGUGUGUUGACACAAACAGCUAACGGCACAUUGCAGACCCUUGCCCCAGCCACAGUGCAGACAGUUGCUGCGCCCCAGGUGCAGCAGGUCCCGGUCCUCGUCCAACCUCAGAUCAUUAAGACAGAUUCCCUUGUUUUGACCACUCUGAAAACAGAUGGCAGCCCUGUCAUGGCUGCAGUCCAGAACCCAGCCCUCACUGCUCUCACCACCCCCAUCCAGACAGCGGCCCUUCAAGUACCAACUCUAGUGGGCAGCAGUGGGACCAUUCUGACCACAAUGCCUGUAAUGAUGGGACAAGAGAAAGUUCCUAUUAAGCAAGUACCCGGCGGUGUCAAGCAGCUGGAGCCCCCCAAAGAAGGAGAAAGGCGGACAACACACAACAUCAUUGAAAAGCGAUACCGGUCCUCUAUCAAUGACAAAAUCAUUGAGUUGAAGGACUUGGUCAUGGGCACAGAUGCCAAGAUGCACAAGUCUGGCGUCCUGAGGAAGGCCAUUGAUUAUAUCAAAUACUUGCAGCAGGUCAAUCACAAGCUACGCCAGGAGAACAUGGUGCUGAAGCUGGCAAAUCAGAAAAACAAGCUCCUGAAGGGCAUUGACCUGGGCAGCCUGGUGGACAGUGAUAUGGACCUGAAGAUUGAUGACUUUAAUCAGAAUGUCCUUCUGAUGUCUCCCCCAGCCUCUGACUCAGGGUCUCAGGCUGGCUUCUCCCCCUAUUCCAUUGACUCUGAGCCAGGAAGUCCUCUGUUGGAUGAUGCAAAGGUCAAAGAUGAACCAGACUCUCCUCCUGUAGCACUUGGCAUGGUGGACCGCUCUCGAAUUCUGUUAUGUGUCCUUACCUUCUUGGGCCUCUCCUUUAACCCCCUGACUUCCCUGCUGCAAUGGGGAGGCGCCCAUGACGACCAGCACCCAUACUCAGGCUCUGGCCGUAGUGUACUAUCAUUGGAGUCAGGUUCUGGGGGCUGGUUUGACUGGAUGAUGCCAACUCUCCUCCUGUGGCUGGUAAAUGGUGUGAUUGUCUUGAGCGUCUUUGUGAAGCUGUUGGUCCACGGGGAGCCAGUGAUCCGGCCACACUCACGCUCCUCAGUCACCUUCUGGAGGCACCGGAAGCAGGCAGACCUAGACCUUGCCAAAGGGGAUUUUGCAGCUGCUGCAGCCAACCUACAAACCUGCUUGUCGGUUUUGGGCCGGGCGCUGCCCACCUCCCGCCUGGACUUGGCCUGCAGCCUCUCCUGGAACGUGAUCCGCCACAGCCUGCAGAAGCUACGCUUGGUACGCUGGCUGCUCAAAAAAGUCUUGCAGCGCUGGCGGGCCACCCCUGCCACUGCAUCUGGCUUCGAGGAUGAAGCAAAGAGCAGUGCGAGGGAUGCAGCCCUGGCCUAUCAUCGGCUACACCAGCUGCAUAUCACAGGGAAGCUUCCUGCUGGAUCUGCCUGUUCAGAUGUACACAUGGCUUUGUGUGCUGUGAACCUAGCUGAAUGUGCCGAGGAGAAAAUCCCACCCAGUACACUGAUUGAGAUCCACCUGACAGCUGCCAUGGGGCUCAAGACCCGGUGUGGAGGCAAGCUGGGCUUCUUGGCUAGCUACUUCCUCAGUCGUGCCCAGAGUCUGUGUGGCCCAGAGCACAGCACUGUCCCUGACUCCCUACGCUGGCUCUGCCACCCCUUGGGCCAGAAGUUUUUCAUGGAGCGAAGCUGGUCCGUGAAGUCAGCAGCCAAAGAGAGCCUGUUCUGUGCCCAGAGGAACCCAGCUGACCCCAUCGCCCAGGUCCACCAGGCCUUCUGCAAGAACCUGCUGGAACGAGCUGUGGAAUCCUUGGUGAAACCUCAGACCAAGAAGAAGGCAGGAGACCAGGAAGAAGAGAGCUGUGAGUUUUCCAGUGCCCUGGAGUACUUGAAAUUACUUCAUUCUUUUGUGGAUUCUGUGGGAUUUGUGACCCCACCAUUCUCCAGCAGUUCUGUGCUCAAGUCAGCCCUUGGUCCAGAUACCAUCUGUCGGUGGUGGACAUCCGCAAUUACUAUGGCCAUCAGCUGGCUCCAAGGAGAUGAUGCAGCUGUGCGCUCUCAUUUUACAGAAGUAGAACGGGUCCCCAAGGCCCUGGAAGUGACUGAGAGUCCCUUGGUAAAGGCUGUCUUCUACACCUGUAGAGCCAUGCAUGCCUCGCUCUCUGGAAAAGCAGAUGGGCAACAGAAUUCCUUCCGUCAUUGUGAGAGGGCCAGUGGUCACCUGUGGAGCAGUCUCAAUGUCACCGGAGCCACCCCUGAUCCUGCCCUUAACCACGUGGUCCAGCUGCUCACCUGUGACCUACUACUGUCACUGCGGACAGCACUUUGGCAAAAGCAGGCAAGCACCGGCCAGGUCCUGGGCGAGACCUACCAUGCAUCAGGCACUGAACUGGCUGGCUUCCAGCGGGACCUGGGCAGCCUGCGCAGGCUAGCUCAUAGCUUCCGCCCAGCAUACCGCAAGGUGUUCCUGCAUGAAGCCACUGUGCGCUUGAUGGCAGGAGCCAGCCCCACCCGGACUCACCAGCUGCUGGAGCAUAGCCUGAGGCGGCGCACCACUCAGAACACCAAGCAUGGAGAGGUGGACACCUGGCCUGGCCAGCGAGAGCGGGCCACUGCCAUCCUACUGGCCUGCCGCCAUCUUCCCAUCUCCUUCCUGUCUUCCCCAGGCCAGCGGGCAGUGCUGCUGGCCGAAGCUGCCCGCACCCUGGAGAAGGUGGGUGACCGGCGUUCCUGCAACGACUGCCAGCAGAUGCUCGUCAAGCUGGGUGGUGGCACUGCCAUUGCUGCCUCCUGACCACUGUGUGCAGUCUACCUUCUACUGUGUCUCCUAGGGUCCUCCCUCUGUCUCUCAGAUCCUGUCUCCCUAUCUUGUUUUUCUCCCUCUGAGAGCAGUCACCUGCCCGGGCUUUGAUCACUUCAGACCAGUGGAAUCAUGGGCAGAGCUCUUUGAAGCUGCUGUCAGCAAAUGUCCAUGGUCCAGGUGGGCUGAGAAGAAAGGCGGCCUGAGCAGCAGUAGCAAUGAUCUCACUUGAAAGCAACGGGGGACUGCCAAGCCCCCAUCCCCACCCUCCAGAGACUCGGAACAUCUCUUUCUGCUUCGUUUUUUGUCUUGUUUUUGUUUAUCAGGGUUUCUCUCUGGGGGGACUAGGUCUCUGAGCACCAGAGAGCACUUUGCCUUCUGGACCUGUCUGACAUGCCCCUCCCCUUUUUUAUAUGAAUGUUUUUAUAUGCGUGUGCUUGGGUCCGCCAUGAUGGCAGAGGGAAGUUGCCAUGGCAUCUAUUUCUCCCUGGGUCUGCAUUCCCUUCCCGUGCCUGCCUAAGCCAGUUCCUUGUUUUCUCAUCAUUGCAUGGGACAGAGGGGAAGGAGGGGAGCCCAGCUCUGGGGAGGUAGGUGGGAGGCAGGGGCAGGCCUAGGGAUGGAUGAAAUGUUGGCAUUGUUUUUUAAUUUUUUUUUAAAUAAAUGGUAUCUUAUUUAA